AUGAAUAGCUCUGAAGUGAGGAGUCUUGUUGAGAAACUACGUGUCUUGGAAACAAGAAUCUUGGAACUUGAGAGACGACCCCACACCUCCAGCGAUGCCCCGACGUCUCCGCUCCACCAUCAGGCUGGUGACAACAAUUUACAAGCAGCGCCUCAAUCCUCCCAUAUUCUGGACAGCUUGAAACCCCCCGAAGAUGGUGAUGGCAACCAAAGCCAUCAUCUUGCAGAUGGAGAAGAUGAUGCGGCUUUGAUGGUAGAUUAUGGAAGUCGGCGUGAUCGAUUGCGCAAGACAUUUGACUGGGAGAUGGAACGUCUUUUUCUUCACGAGGAAGCAGAGAUGAGGCGACGCGACCGGGCACGGCGGGCCCUCCUACACUCGACUCAUGCACAUAGCGCUCAAAAUGCCUCCAUCGCAUAUCGGGAGAAUCAGGCUCCAGCGUUGAGGACUGAGGAAUGGAGUUCAUUCAAGCAGCUCAAUCGCCCCCGGGACACGAGUUUGUGUGCAAUAGACAUUCUCAUAGGCGAGCCUGUGGUUUACGACAAAAUGGGCCUAUCGGGAAACUGGAUCAUUUCCUCGGAACGUCUAGCGCGUUCCCGAACAGCAAGCGGAGAAGUCGACGGACAAUUUCCAGAACGAAUUCGAAUUCAUUCCGAUUUGCUUGUUACCAUUCUGGACAAAAUAAUCAAGUCAAGUGGGAGCGAUAGAAUGGCUUCGGACAGUAGACCUGUGGUCUUUACCCGACCGUUCAAGGCACUUACCUACUGCGAGCUGGUGCACGGAAUUGCAACAAGGUACCUGCAAAGCUUGGGAUUCUCAAAGGCGCCAGUCGCUGACCUUCACCGAGAGAGCUCCAGAAUAACAGAACUUGCCGAAGCCAACCUAUCUGAUGACGAUUCCAGUACCGAUCACAGCAUUCCCGAAAGCAAUGAAAAGUCACGAGCUCGAGAUAUUGACACCAUUCGAAGAUUUCCAAAAGCAUUUGAAGAAAUCGACUUUUUUCGGCAAGUACUGAAGUCCAAGGUGCUUCGAAGACGGGAGUGUCUACAACAAGAUACGUGUCAAAAGGUCUUCUUCUCGGACUUGUGGCAUCUAUUCCGUCCCGGAAUGGAGAUCAUACACAGCGGAACGAAUCAGGCUUUUCGAGUUCUUCACGUUACUAGUGCUAGGCAUCGCAUGCUUUCCAAUUUGCAAAGGUGGGCUGGACACCCUUAUCGAACAGCCGAGGAUAAAGAACAAAGACCUGAUUUCAGGGUGACCUGUAUUCACAUUGAUUUUGACGGGAGUAAGAUCGGACCAGUUAUACAGAAAUUCGACUUCGACGCAUUUCAAGGCGAGAGAGAUGUCAGAUCGCUACCAGUGUUUCCUCUUCGGCUUUAUUCUCUCCCGAAUGCCAACAGCAUUGAUAAGAAGAGCGACUCACGUCAGGCUGAAGCUGCAUGGUUUAGAAAGAUGCUCAUACGUCGAGGUAUGAGGUUCCUUGAAUCUAUAGCAUUACAACACAUGCGGUAUGCGGGUCCGGUAAUCGGUACCGAUGAAGAGAUUGAGGGUGAGGUUAUGGUCGACUUUGAAGCAGCAUUUACGGCCGACAUAGGCUCGAAUUCGCAGGUGGAUAGGCCAAGGAUCGCAAACCUUUCGGGCCUUCUCAUGUUGGAUGACUUUGCAAUGGAAGACGCUUGCCAGUUUGCUUGCUGCGAGAAGGACUACGUUCACGACGAUACGAACAUCGACAAAAUUCAAACUGCCGACUAUCUUCAGAGCUUGCAGCCUGAAAUUGGGUCAGAAAGGCCCCCGUCAAUUAUUCUGCGACCACGAACAUUGUCUGAUAUCAAGGAAUCGGCAAAUUCAACUCAAAGUCUCUUCUCAGAUGACGAACUUUUGCUGUUGUCAAACAGGGUGUUCGCAUUCGUUUUGCGAUCCCAGAGAUGGGCUGAGUUGAAGGUCGAAUUUCUCCGUGAUGUCCAAGGCCGGGGAUCGACGUCUAAAGCUCCGGGAUCCGACCCUGGUAGUAGCCCGGGUGAACUGGGGGCUCCACCCCCCGCUGAAUCUGACAGUGUUUCUGCUCUUGAUCGCCUCGUUCUUCCGCAAUACCAUAAGCGAUUGAUCAUUUCUCUCCUUACAGAGCACUUUCGCACAGUUGAUGCGAGAAGAGAUCCAAAUGCUCACUAUGAUGUGAUCAAAGGAAAGGGUGAGCUCCCUGAAGUUGAAUCCUUAUUUGAAGAGGUCCAGCUAAAUUGA